AUGGGCAUCUUGCACCGUUUAUUGUCGACGCAGGUCAUUUGCUUGACGAGCUGCGGUGGCACUAAGGCUUUCGUGGUUGAAGCACAGAGGGAGAGGACAUGUGGUCAUUCAGCAUGGCGGUUUUCGGUUCUUGCUACGUGGAUCUUCUUGCCUUUUGGGAUGACUUGCAUCCCAUCUUGCUGUGCUAUAUCAGGGUCAACAUUUGUCGGGAGAAGGCCUGCAACCUGCAGCUUACUGGAGGUCCCAUUGCUGCCCUUUCUGUUUCAGUUCCAUCUGGGGCAUGGCCCAUGGGGACGGCUGGUCGGCCCAUACGGCACAUGUGGCUGGUUUUUGUUGGUUGCUCAGUGGUUGGUCGUCUCUCUCUUCGUGGACACUGUCCGGCUCAACUUCGUUGUCCUCGCUUCCCAAGAUGGCAUCCUUUUACGACAGGAAGACGGGGAGUUCUUCGUUAUCGUGUGCUUGUCCAGGCUACAAACUCGGCGUUGCAGUGCGCACUUCUCGGUGGCCAGUACUGCUUUUGAUGCCACCAUGAACUUUUCGAACUUCAAGGGGUUCGUUUCUUCUGCUGCACAGGUUGUGUCAAUGAGGUAUAUUGCGCGAUGCGGUCUACCCCUGUAG